AUGUCUUCGUCGUCGUCCAACUCGUCAUUAAAGCCCGGCACUAUCGCGGCCAUCGUCGCAGGCACCGCCGCCACCGGCUUCCUCGCAUACGCCGUCUACUUUGAUCACAAGCGGCGGAACGACCCCGAGUUCCGCAAACAGCUCAAGCGCGAGUCGAAGCGGACACAGCGGGCGGCAAAGGAGGAGGCUGAGCACCAGGGCGCAGAGCAGAAGAAGGCCAUUCGCGAGGCGGUCGAGCGCGCCAAUGAAGAAGGCUUCCCCAAUGAUCCGGAGGAGGUCGAGGCCUAUUUCAUGCAGGAAGUAGCAAAGGGUGAGGGCAUGGUACAAAAAGGUACUAACCGUCUUUUCGCACAAGCAGGCGAAGACAAUGUCGAGGCAGCUCUAUGCUUCUACCGCGCUCUCAAAGUAUACCCCAACCCAAGGGAACUCAUCAACAUCUACGACAAAACCGUGCCCAAGCCCGUCCUCGACAUCCUCGCCGAAAUGAUCGCAGUAGACACGUCGAUUCCCGUAGGCGGCAGUAAAACGCCCUCAGAUUCAGACUCUGUAGGCGAUCUCGAAUAG